CCUUGGGUUUAUGAUGGUCAUAAAUAGUGAAUCUCAGCAGAUAAACUAAGAAUUUUGUGAUAAAACGCGAUACAGUUGACAAUGUUAGUAUCAUACCUCAAUCCUGUAUUCUUAGUCCUCUGUUUUCUUUCCCAUGGCAUGAGAUUUGUGUCAGCAGAUUGUGGUUGUGGGGCCACUAACCGGGAGAAGGCAGCUGAGAAGUACCUGGAGAGGGCCAAUUCUGGCCCUUACCAAACGGAUUCAAGUGACCGAAUUCAGGAGAAGAUCAUCAUAAAGGACUCUGGCGUCACUCAAGCGAAGGAUGCAGCAAUGUCUCUGAUUCCCGGGGGAGAUUUUACAAUCGGAACAGACCAACCAAUUUUUGAAGCAGAUAAAGAAUCUCCAGAGAAAAAGGUCCACGUUGACAGCUUCUAUUUGGACAAGUUCGAGGUGUCUAACAAGGAUUUCGGUGAAUUUGUUGACGCAACAGGCUACAAAACGGAAGCGGAGAAGUUUGGUGACAGCUUCGUCUUCCAGGGCUUUCUGGAUGAUGCUACUAAGAAGGAGAACAAGGAUGUUCGCGUUGUGGGCGCUGAGUGGUGGUACAAGAUUAAAGGGGCCAAUUGGCGGCAUCCUGAGGGCCAGGGAAGUGACCUCACUGGACGUGCAAAUCACCCAGUCAUUCACGUGUCGUGGAGAGAUGCUGUGACUUACUGCGAAUGGCGCCAGAAGAGACUGCCCACGGAAGCAGAGUGGGAAGUCGCUUGUCGCGGAGGGAAGAAGCAGAGACUGUUCCCAUGGGGAGAUAAACUCAUGCCGCAGGACAAGCACCGGAUGAACAUCUGGCAAGGAGAGUUUCCUGAUGACAACACGGAGAAAGAUGGAUUCUUCGGUACUUGUCCCGUUGAUCAAUUUCAUCAAAACUCCUAUGAUUUGUUUAAUAUCGUUGGGAAUGUGUGGGAGUGGACAGCGGAUUUAUGGACACUUCAUGAUGCUGAGAAGAAGCCCGAGAAUCGCAACAGAGUGAAAAAGGGAGGUUCCUAUCUCUGCCACAAGUCAUAUUGCUACAGAUAUCGCUGUGCAGCACGAUCCCAGAAUACAGAAGACAGUUCCGCUGGGAAUCUGGGCUUUCGGUGCGCCAAAGAUGCACCCAAGGAGUAAUCUAACACAGAGGACUGUUGUCUCCUAAAGAGUACUUAAUUGAGACCAUUUUUGUACAAUCUCAAUUUAUACCAUUUUAAAUACUUCAAUAUAAAUUUUGCGCUUAAUAGAGAAA